CGGGGCUGUACCGAUACAUCCAACUCAGAUAUCUAAUCUCCUGUGCUAUCCUAUAGAGAUACGCAACCAGGACACAAUUCAAUAUCCACACUCGAUCUCUGCUCGGGGCUGCCCUCGGCUCAGCCGAGAGUGUCGGCCGGCCGAGGAGCGUCACGCUGCGGACUCGCCGCUCGCCACAUGUCGCUCAAACAUGGACGAGCUUCGGCAUCAAGUGAUGAUCAACCAGUUCGUCUUGACGGCCGGAUGCGCCGCCGAGCAGGCCAAGCAGCUCCUCCAGGCGGCACACUGGCAGUUCGAGACGGCGUUGAGCGCAUUUUUCCUGGAGGCCAACGUUCCAAGCCAGCAGCACACGGCGCGCCCCCGCACAAACACUCCCGCCACGCCGCCCAACUUCCCCGACGCCAUCGCCAUGUUCUCCAAGUUGCGAGCGUCCGAAUACGCCGGCGGCGGCCACGGGGCCGGUCAGGCAUCCGCGGGGCACUCCCCGCCCGGGCCCUCGCAAGCGUCGGGUUUCGGCCCCUUCUGGGCGUCCUCGCCGCCCUGCAGCACCCCCGCCCCUCCUUGCCGAACGGUGCACAGUCGCUCGCCGUGGCCCGCCCCCUCGCGGCCCGGCUCCGCCCGGUCGACCGGCGUCCUGUCGGCGCUCCGAGGUAAUCGGAGCAAAGACGCUUCUUCUUCUUCUUCAUCGAUAGUCUCGUGACGCCGACGUGGGCGACGCUCCACCAGCACGGAGUCAUGUGACCUGCGGGUCAAAAAGGCAACUUUUCGUCAUACUUUCAUUUUAUGGACUUUCUCAAACCUCUCUUAUUUUAUGGACUUCAAAAACGGCGUCUUAAAAAGCGUGGAUGACCGAACGUGAUGUCAUCAUUUUGCAGCGAUGUCAUUGAUGGCGUGAGUCACAUGCCUCCUUCCGUCAUCAGAAUCCUCUCAGGCGCUCGCUCGCAAAGAUUGCCAAAGUUCUUGGGACUCCUGUGACCUCACGCGUGUUUAUUUGUUCCUUCACAAAUAAAGUUGCUUUGUAUUUUG